GGGGCNNCGUGUCCCCGUGCCGCGGUGUUCCCGGCGGGAUCCCGGCAUGAGCCGCGCCUGGCAGGCUCUCCGCGCCCUGCGGCUGCGGUUCGUGGGGCCUGCCAAGGAGCUGGUGGGCACGGACCAGUUUGGCAACAAGUACUACCGGGUGCCCAAGUACGAGAACCGCGCAGGGCAGAUUGUACCGGAAAGGAGAUUUGUAGAAGCGGUAAAUCGUGAAGCGUAUCAGUAUCAAACUGGGGACUUUCCAGCAGAAUGGGAAGCAUGGAUAAGAAAAAAGAGAGAAGAUCCACCCACAAUUGAGGAGAUUCUUAGGAAUGAAAAUUAUAGAGAAGAAAUGAAGCAGAAAGUCAAGGAUGUGUCUGAAAAGGAUAAGCUGCUUCAGGCCAAGGAGUAUGAGGAAGGACUUGUUGCUGAACCAAGUCAUACUCAGGUUAAAGGCCACGCAUCUGCCCCUUACUAUGGAAGGAAGGAGCCCUCACAAGAUCCCACAAGCACUGCAAAUAUCUUCCAGCCAGGUGCCUGGAUGCCACCAGGCAGUGGUAAUAGUCAAAAUAAAUAAGGAAUUUAAUGGACAGGUAUUGUUAAUGGAUUAUUAUUUUAACAGACAACAUACACAGCUGUUACAUACAAGAGUACAAUAAAGUAGUAUUAAAGCAGGUUCAGUUACUUUGGCAGAACUAUUCAAAUAGUCUUGGUCAUGACAAAGUAUUGUGAAGUGCUUGGGUUUAGUGAAAAACAGGGUGUGUUAUUAAGUUUGGUUUUGACAGUUGCUGUUCAUCAGUUACUCUUGAAUUCAUACUUAAAAGACUAUCUAAAUUUUCUUGAAGUCUAAAUUGCCUUUUUCCUUGAAGGCUAAUUUAGUUUUAAAACUGUUCUUGAUGUAAGAAUUAUUGUCUGUACAUUUUCCCAAGCCUUGGCCAAUAUAUCUCUUCAGAAUAAAUCCCUUGGCAGUGCCAGCAUGCUUUCCAGUGGCAAGCAGACGGAAAAUUUGAUUUCAUUAACAAGAAUCACUAUGACACUACACUGAUUACACACUGUACUCAUCGUAGAGAUGUUCUUGUAACUUAAAAGCAGUCAACGUAUUUGAAUGUUUGAUUUUAAAACAGUCAGCAUUGAAUUUGAAUUUUUGAAUGUUUGAUUUGCAGAUAGCAAUUUGUACAGGGUAAAAUCAGUUAAAAUACAUAUAACUGCUAUAAUAGAAGCUAGAAUACUUGAUAAAGCUGCUGGAAAAAACACUAGGUCUGGGACAAGGGACUGUCAUAUAUAUUUUAAAAAAAUAUUAGUUUUUAUUCCUUGUGUAUCCAUGGACUUCCCUAGAUGAUGAGAUCAUUUUGGCCAUAGUUCAGAUACAUAAAAUGUGCAGAUUAUUUGCUUAGAGAUGAUGUUUGAGAACUUCACAUAAAAAUAAAGACCAGACAAA